CCGCAGUGCCGUGCGAAGUGAGACUCCACAGUUAGGCAGAGGGAGGCUUUGGAGCGCCAGGAGCCGGGGCCGUCGGUAGAUGGCGGUAACCCAAGAAACCUAAUCCAGCGGGUUCUCUGUCUCAGUUUGCAGCACUAGCGGUGAAGGCGGAGGAGCCGAACAGUUUGAAGGACACCAAACAAGAAAGGGGAGAGCUCACGGCGGGUCCUCUCGAGUUUUGCGCGCAGCCCUCCCGAGCAGGAGAGACGGAACGCUUUUGUCUCAGAGAAAAAAAAUCAAACCGGGACAACUAAGAAGACACCAUGGAAGACAAGUCGAAUUCGUUCUCUGGCAAGGAGGAGAAGGCGGAUGGGAAUAAUGUUUUUCAGCGGCAAGACUCCAUACAGAAGAAUAACACGGGGAGCCAGAACAUGAAGGAGCACAGCAACUCCGUGGGCUUCAAGGGGGAGCGGGAAGAGGCCAUGGUCGGCUUUGACGAUCUGGAGGGGGCGGCCAGGCAACAUGGGUUUAUGCAGAGGCAAUUCGGGGCCAUGAUGCAGCCCGGAGUCAAUAAGUUCUCCUUGCGUAUGUUCGGCAGUCAGAAAGCCGUGGAGAAAGAGCAAGAGAGGGUGCAAACGGCCGGAUACUGGAUCAUUCAUCCAUAUAGCGAUUUUAGGUUCUACUGGGACUUGAUAAUGCUCAUCAUGAUGAUGGGGAAUUUAAUCAUCAUUCCUGUGGGAAUAACCUUCUUCUCAGAGCAGACCACCACCACCUGGCUGGUCUUCAACGUAGCCUCGGACACAAUCUUCCUGGUGGACCUGGUCAUGAACUUCAGGACGGGGAUUGUCAACGAGGAGAGCUCCGAGAUCAUCCUGGACCCAAAGGUCAUCAAGAUGAAUUACCUGAAGAGCUGGUUCGCUGUGGACUUCCUCUCCUCUAUUCCAGUGGAUUAUAUCUUUUUAAUAGUGGAGAAAGGCUUUGACUCAGAGGUGUAUAAAACAGCCCGUGCCCUGCGAAUCGUUCGCUUCACAAAGAUCCUCAGUCUUCUGCGUCUGUUGAGACUGUCCCGGCUCAUCAGAUACAUACAUCAGUGGGAGGAGAUUUUCCAUAUGACCUAUGACCUCGCUAGUGCAGUGGUAAGAAUAUUUAAUUUGAUAGGGAUGAUGCUGCUUCUGUGUCACUGGGAUGGCUGUCUACAGUAUCUGGUGCCUCUCCUCCAAGACUUCCCUCCCGACUGCUGGGUGUCCCUAAACGGUAUGGUUAACGUUUCCUGGGGUAAGCAGUACUCGUACGCCCUCUUCAAAGCUAUGAGCCACAUGCUUUGCAUUGGGUAUGGAGCCCGAGCACCCGUCAGCAUGUCAGACCUGUGGAUCACCAUGCUCAGUAUGAUCGUGGGCGCCACGUGCUACGCCAUGUUUGUGGGCCACGCAACAGCUUUAAUCCAAUCCCUGGACUCGUCACGCAGGCAAUACCAAGAGAAGUACAAACAAGUGGAGCAAUACAUGUCCUUCCACAAACUUCCUGCAGACAUGCGGCAAAAAAUCCACGACUACUAUGAACAUCGCUACCAAGGCAAAAUCUUUGAUGAGGACAACAUUCUGAGCGAACUAAACGACCCACUCAAAGAGGAAAUAGUCAACUUUAAUUGUCGUAAGCUUGUGGCCACCAUGCCUCUGUUUGCCAACGCGGACCCCAACUUUGUGACGGGGAUGCUAAGUAAAUUGAAGUUCGAGGUCUUUCAGCCCAAUGACUACAUCAUCCGAGAAGGCACAGUGGGGAAGAAAAUGUAUUUCAUUCAACACGGCGUUGCGAGCGUCAUCACUAAGUUCAAUAAGGAGAUGAAGCUGACGGAUGGCUCCUAUUUUGGAGAGAUCUGUCUGCUCACCAAGGGCAGACGAACGGCGAGCGUGCGCGCAGACACCUACUGUCGACUCUUCUCUCUCUCCGUCGACCAUUUCAAUGAGGUGCUGGAAGAGUACCCCAUGAUGCGACGAGCCUUCGAAACGGUCGCCAUUGACCGACUGGACCGCAUUGGGAAGAAGAACUCCUUGCUGCUGCAGAAGUUCCAGAAGGAUCUCAAUGCCGGCGUUUUCAACACGCAGGAGAACGAGUUAUUGAAGCAGAUUAUUCGUCAGGACAGGGAGAUGGUGAUGAUGGUGGACCGCAAACAGUCAGUCACCGGGAUGAACUCAACGCCAAUGUCAGGAAACUCCAUCAUUAACUCACCAGCCCAACCGCCCUUCUCCACUGCCUUCGGCACCUCUCAGCUCCAGCAGUCCUCUGUGCCCCUGACCUACAGUGCUUCAGCUAUUGCCAAUGCCUCUGCUGCCCGCAUGCUGCCAGUCGCUGCUGCUGCUGCUGCAAUGCAGGGGGUUUACCCUGCUCCAAGUGUCUCCCAUGGCAACCUGAAUUCUUCCUCGAUCAACCCACAGACCCAGCUACAGCAGCAGGGAGCAAUCUUGUCACCCUGCUCCUUCACUUCCGCCAUGUGUAGUCCAUCGGUGCAGACCCCGUUGGCUGGCCGGAGUUUCCAGUACGGCUCGCGCACCGCCUCUCAGCUGUCACUUUUCCAGCAGCCCCUUGCUCAACCAUCUCUAUCUACACAGCAACAGCUUGCUCAACAGCCUGCUCCGUCGACUCCAGGUGCAUCUUCUUCUGCCACACAGCAGCAGCAGCAGCAGCAGUCAUCACCUCAGCAGCAGCAGCAGGUCCCUUCUCCACAGCGAGGCGACAUUCACAAGAGUACACAGGCUCUUCAGUCAGGCAGCUUGGGUCGAGAUGUCCGACACUUAUCGGCCUCCCAACCAUCACUGCCACAUGACACAUCCCUGGGGCCCAGAGCGCACCCAGCCUCAGGAGACUCUCUGGCCUCCAUUAUGCCACCAACAGCGGCAGCGAUGCAGGGAAUGAAUCUGCAAAGUGGCAUCCGCACUACGGUGCCCCAGAGGGUGAAUUUAUUCCGGCAGAUGUCAUCAGGAGCUUUGCCCCCAGUUCGCUCAGCCUCAGCCGCAGCAGCAGCAGCAGCAGCGGUGGCUGCGGCUGCAGGAGCAGCAGCAUCAUCAUCCUCCUCAACCCAGCACAGGGAAUCCCCCGGAUCUAGGAGAGAUUCUGUCCUGAGCAGUACAGAGACUGAGCAAGACAAAAUGCGAUUUGCAUCAAAUUUAUGAUCCCGUUUUUUUUCCUCUUUUCAUUUUUUUUAACUUCAAUAUGUUUCAGUUCGAUUUUAAAAAUGGAGACGCAGCAAAAAGAGAUGAAAAUGAGGAACGUGUUUGAGCGUUUUUGUUUCUCUCCACCUUUUUUCUUCUCAAAUAACCUCAAAGAAAUCCUGUACAUACAAGCCCUUGUAAUAUAUUUUAGACACAUUGUCUCCCUAAACUUAAGAAUGUAUAUUAUACAGACACAUUUGUCUUUUGUUUUCUUUUAUGCCAUAUUAUAUAUAUACAUAUAUAUGUGUGUGUGUGUGUGUGUGUGUGUGUGUAGGAUGUAAGAUGUGUGAGUGUGUGUGUGCAUGAGACUGUGCGUACAAAAUACAACAUUUGGCAAUUUAAAUGCUGUAGUAUAAACAUCAGUCUUCCUUUCCGAGAAAUAUAAAGAAUUAUAUAUGAUGUAUGAAGAUUUUUUUUUUGUCAUUUUCAUUUUUUUUAAAAACUGGAAUGCAUUGUGGAUUUUGAAAACAACUGUUUUUUUGUUUGUUGCUUUUUUUUUACCACGAGGAAGAAGAAAAUUAUCUUCCCUAUUGAGCAGCUUUAGGCACCACUGUGGAAUAAUAAGUGCAAGCAACUCUGAAAAUAAUCUCAAGAAGCACACACCUAUACACAAAAAUCAAUCACAUACCAAUUUUCCUGAACCUUCAUGUCACAAACCAACAAAUACUGUAACUAAGUGUUAUGCUGCUGUCAAUGAUGAAAAAACAGUCGGAGUGCUGAGCUGCUGUUUCCCCCACAACAGCUCACAUACAAACCAUGACAGUGUUAUGGGUCAAAAGGGAAUAGAUAAUAGAGAUGCUGAUUUUGUCGUUCGCUUGUUUGUUUUUGAGGAGAAUGGAACGCGGAGAAAGACGGAUGGAUGCUAUUGUUUUCUAUUUCUGAUUUCAGAUGGCUGAGAUGUAACGUUGCUUAAAAAUGUGUGUAUAUUUAUAGUAUUUAUAAACUAAAGAUUAUCACCAUUAUGCAAUAGACUGUGACAUAAAGAUUACCUAUAUGUGUGCUGUAAAUAGUUUUGUAGAUCUAGUAUUUACAGAUACUGUGUGGUGCAUUCUCUAUCAUAACAUGUCUUACUUCUAUCAGGAACCUGGAUCAUCUAUAUGCGACAAAGGUUAGGAGACUAAAUACAUUAUGUUUCAUACGAGAUAAACAAACCUUAAUGCAAUAGCUAGCACUACUUUAUGCCGAGAGAAGCCUGAUUGGCGGACAUUUAAGAACCCCCUCUCUCUGUGUAUACUAUCCUUAGUCCUAUUUCUGUUUAAAUACACAUCGAAUGAACAUAGACAAUAUUUAACUGCUGAUCAAAUUGAAAGUAAACAUGCUUUUUUUUUUGCCUCAUUUCCUCAAUGGAUCAUUUUUCAUCUGUGGGAUUCCUAAAGAGCAAACUGUUUAUCUUCGUUUCAGGGCAGAAGUGAGGCUCACGUUUUUGAUGCAUUACAUCAUUUAUUUAGUUUUAGUGCUUGCUCAUCUGGCUUAAGGUUUUACAGUACAAUAAAAAAAAAAUGUACUGUAAGUGCUCACAACGUAAUUAUUGUAGUUGAGGAGUCUGGCACAAC